AUGGCUUCUUAUGAAGGGUUCACAGAUGUGUUUUCGACCACUCCCCCAAGAGCAAGGAAGUGGGUGAACUCCUCCUCACACUCCGCCAAGGUCCAGAAUACAUUUUAUACCCACUAUUUAUUCCGUGUGUGCUUUUCAGUGUCCAGAGCCCAGGAGGAUAAGUGUCCUGGCCCUCACUGGAACGCCAUGUGUCGCUCCUGCUGUGAGUAUGAGCUGAUCCGCUGUACGUGUCCAUCUCAGAGGACACGGGUGGGCUAUGCUGUGCCCUGCUGCCGUAACGACAUCCAUCAGUGUGACCCCUGCAUCAUCCACCAGGGCUGCAGUGUGUUUGAUAAUUGUAAGAGAUGUAAUAAUGGCACGUGGCAGGCAAAGGAUGAUUUCUACAUCAGUGGAAUGUACUGCACGGAGUGUCGUCAGGGAUGGUCUGGAGGGGACUGUCUCACUUGUGGAGAAGUAAUACGGAGGCCUCAAGGUCAUGUGACCUUGGAGAGUUAUCCAAUCAAUGCCAAAUGUGACUGGACGCUGCAUGUCGGCAGAGGGUUGGCCAUGGAAUUCAGGUUUACCCGGCUUAAUCUGGAGUUUGAUUACAGGUGUCGCUAUGACUUUGUAGAGCUCAGAGAUGGUGACAGCAUUCACUCACCUCUGAUUGGCCGAUACUGUGGAGACAAAAUCCCGCCACCAAUCAGGAGCUCAGGAAACUCGCUACAUAUCCAUUUUGUGUCAGAUGGCUAUAAUAAUUAUGAUGGUUUCUCAGCUACGUUUCAGGAACUCUCAGUGUGCAGCCUCAAUCCAUGUAUGAAUGGUGGUAUUUGUUCAUUGGAUACAGUUAAAACUUUCCGCUGUGCUUGCCAAGCAGGUUUCACAGGCCUACAGUGUGAGAACAAAUCUGGCUGUGUAACCCCUCAGAAGCCUGCUCAUGGAGACCACUUCCUGCUGUAUGAGAAUGGAGCCAUCGCCACUGGAGUUCAGUACCUGUGCUAUAAACCUUACAAGCUCAGAGGAGUCCCACGGAGGACGUGCCUGUCCAACGGCACCUGGAGAGGGACUGCUCCCACAUGCAUCAAAGAUGCCAUUAGGAAACAAUGUCCCCUGUUAUCACAAUUACAUCAUGGAUACUCCUUAAAAGUUAUUGGCUCAGAUGGUACAGUCAGGAGCAUGGAAUUUUUCUGCAAUAAUUCUUAUGUUCUCAGUGGAAACUCCAAAAGAACAUGCCAGCUCGAUGGCACUUGGAGUGGCAGGCAGCCACAGUGUAUUAAAGGUAUCUGUCUUUUUGAAAUAUUACAAUACUAUGAGUCAUUCAAUAUUACCAAACAAGAACAAUCAUUUUCCAAUGGCUGUGUUGCAGCUUGUCGGGAACCAAAGAUUUCAAAGCUAGUGCGUCAGAAUGUCUCGAAACCCCAACUUUCUUCAAGAAAGAGUCCAGUACACAGGCUGUACUCCUCUCUCCAGCCUCAUGAAGGAGAAAGCAGCAGCAAUAUAGAGACAGCGCAGGGUGAAUUACCCACUGGUUUCCACCACCUCUACACAAGCAUUGAGUAUGAGUGCAUCUCUCCUCUGUACCAGUAUUCUGGAAGUGCACGCCGUACAUGUCUAAAAACUGGGAAGUGGAGUGGACGCCAUGUUACCUGUUUACCAGUCUGUGGUAAGCUCUCAUCCAAACCCCAGAGCUUGGCACAAACCCACUGGCCGUGGCAUGCAGCCAUAUACCACCAUCUCCCUGACCACACCAGUCCCAUUAUAGAGAAGACCAACAGACGAGGGGACAUGUUUUCUGAAGAUGACUAUGACUACUGGCAGGAGAAGAGCAUAGAGGAGACAUGGCAUCUGGUGUGCAGUGGUGCUUUGGUGAGCCAGCAUGCUGUCCUGGUGCCAGCACACUGUGUAACUGAGCCUGGAAAGUCACUCCCUUACAACAUGGCUGAUCUAAAAGUAGUGCUGGGAAAGAACAAGAGGCUUCAGCACGUGAUGGUCUCAGAGAUCCUGGUUCAUCCCAGCUAUGAUUCUGCUGGAUUUGACUCAGACCUAGCUAUACUGAAGCUGGUGGAGAAGGCAAGGAUCAGUGAGUUUGUUUCCCCUGUGUGCUUGCCACGUCUUCAGGGAGGGGAGCUAACUGUGAACCAGGCCUACAUCACUGGCUGGUCUGUAGCAAGAAAGCAUGAAACACAUUCUCAAAUGGCUCAGACUGGAAUGAUUGAACUAACCGAUGUGUUGCAGUGUGAAAGACAGCAUGCUAAACAAGGGCUUCCCAGUAGCAUUACUGAUAAUAUGUUGUGUGGGAGGCAACAUCCUAUCAGUUCCAGUACAGUCUGUCCUGCAAGAUCAGGGGGAAUCAUACUUGUACCUACUGUGCCACAGGACAGGAGAGCAGAGGAAAGUGUCUCUGAGUCUAUCUGGGAAUUGCUGGGAUUGGUGAGCUUUGGCUACAAUCUUCAAAACUGUAAUCCACGCUUGUACACUGUAUACACACGAGUGGUCAACUUUAAGAACUGGAUUGAGAAUAACAUAAAGUAA